AAUUUAAGUCACAACAAUAGACUGUCUCCUCCCCUUCAUCUAUACUGAUUGUACAUACUGGGCGGUGUCAGAGGAAGGCCUGAAAAAUUGUCAAAGAUUCCCGUCACCCUAGUCAUAGACUGUUCUCUCUGCUACUGCACGGCAAGCGGUACCGGAGCGCCAAGUCUAGGUCCAAAUGGCUCCUUAACAGCUUCUACCCCCAAACCAUAAGACUGCUGAACAAUUAGUCAAAUGGCUACCUGGACUCUUUCCAUUGACACUUCUCUCUGUUAAUUAUCUGUGCAGAGUCACUUUACCCCUACCUUCAUGUACAAAUUACCUCGACUAACCUGUACCCCCACACAGACUCGGUACCAGUACCCCCUGUAUUUAGCCUCAUUAUUGUUAUUUUGUGUUACUUUUUAUAAUUUUUUGACUUUUGUUUAUUUAGUAAAUAUUUUCUUAACUCUUUCUUAACUGCAUUGCUCAGUAAGCAUUUCACUGUCAGGUCUACUACACCUGUUGUAUUCGGCGGAUGUGACAAAUAUAUGAUUUGAUGGAAGUGGAUUUAACAAGUGACAUCAAUAAGGGAUCAUAGCUUUCACCUCGAUUCACCUGGUCAGAGCAGGUGUUAAUGUUUUGUACACUUAGAGCAUUAUACUUACUGGAUGAAGUUAAAGAAGCAAGCCAUUCAGUCCGAUUUACGGAUUGAACUUACGUUAUCAGCUACAUUACUUUCAUUUAGGCAACAUCCGGGCAUUUGACAUAUUCCAGAAGAUUGUUUGUCAGCCCACAAUGAACUUCACCCUCUCACGACACGGGUGUUGUCUUACUACCAAGUUUAUCCAUUUUCAUACAUCACCAAGUGCUUCACUUGAGCAUACUGUGUUAUGGAAAGGGUUUUUAGAGGGAUGAGGCAGAAUUGUUACAGUUGCAUAAGAUGAGUGAUGUGAGAUCCAAUGCAGAGCAGAUAUGCCUAAUAAAGCCUGCAUUUAAUUCUAUGAGUAACUUUAUGUGAGGUGUCUCAUAGAACAAAUGCAAGUAAUCUCUGGCUGUUUUAUAGAGUAUGCCACAGGUUCCCCAAAAAGAGACAAGUUUCUCAAUUGAAUGCAUACAAAGUUGAUUAGAAUUGUACACUGGUAUUCUGCAUGUUAGAAAAAACAGAAACUACUGGCGUAGGCAAAGCAAUCUAUCGACAUGUGACAUUGUGGUUAAGACGACAAAUCCUAAAAGCUGGUGACGAUGAGACGGGUAGCAGUAUUCAUCAAGGGCUAGAGGCGUCUACUCAGAGAAAGAGACACGGCAUUGAAGUCUCAUCACUGACUGGGUAAAAUGGAGUGGCCGUUGUUCACUGCACUCCCAACUGAUGAAACUCUGUCUGGAGAUUACACCGGCGACUAUGGGACCUUCACUGAGACCCCAGGGGGGCUAUGUGACAAGAGCUGGGUGAGGGAGUUUCGGGGACUCUACGAACCCCCGCUGUUCUGGCUCAUCUUCAUCUUGGGCGCUGUGGGCAACCUGAUGGUGGUCUUCAUCUUUACCACGGUGCGCCACCGCCUCAAGACCAUGACGGACGUCUACCUACUCAACCUGGCCGUGGCCGACCUUCUCUUCCUGGGCACGCUGCCUUUCUGGGCCGCCGACGCCACCAAGGGCUGGAUGUUCGGCCUGAGCCUCUGUAAGCUCCUCUCGGCCAUCUACAAGAUCAACUUCUUCAGCAGCAUGCUUCUGCUCACAUGUAUCAGCGUGGACCGCUAUGUGGCUAUCGUCCAGUUUACCAAGGCCCACAACCAGAAGAACAAGAGGCUGUCUGUCAGCAAGCUGACCUGCCUAGCUGUCUGGAUCAUCUCAGGCCUCCUGGCCCUGCCUGAGUUAAUCUUCGCCCAAGUCAAGCCUGACCGUAGGGGCAAUUCCUUCUGUGUCUUGGUCUACCCAAACAACCUCUUCAAUCGCACCAAGAUCCUGGUGCUCGUUCUGCAGAUCUGUGUGGGGUUUUUCCUGCCGCUGCUGGUCAUGGUGCUGUGCUACUCUGUCAUCAUCCGCACCCUGCUGCAGGCCAAGAGCUUUGAGAAGCACAAGGCACUCAGGGUCAUCUUCGCUGUGGUGGCUGUGUUUGUCCUCUCCCAGCUGCCGUACAAUGGGCUACUGGUGGUCGACGCCACGCAGGCCGCCGACACCACCAUCACGGACUGUGCUGUAUUGGAACUUUUCGAUGUCGCUGGUCAAAUUGCCAAGAGUCUGGCGUUCACCCACGCCUGCAUUAACCCCUUCCUGUACGUGUUCAUUGGCGUUCGCUUCCAGAAGGAUCUGCUGAGGCUGCUGAAGCUGUGCACCUGCGGCCUGAGCCAAGGAAGUGUCAGUAAGCUGCAGGCCGUCCCCAACCGCCCUUCUGUCAUGUCUGACACUGAGACUACCUGUGCCCUCGCCUUGUAAUCGUGCCCACUGAAGCCACACACACAUUCAACAUCACCUCAGAUCACAUAAUUUCAUUGGUAAACACCUCAUUCCACACCUUUCUUCUUCCAUGAUAUCAUAUGCUGCUAGGUGGGACACUCCCACCUGUUGCAUCCUGAGUACAUUGGUAUUUUACCAGUAUAGAAAUGUAAUUAUUUUACCCUGUGCUGACAAUCAAGAAACAUGCAAUACAUGAAAAGCAUACCAUUCUCUAAGACAUUGUAUUAAAGUGUAAAUUAUUGUAUAUAUACUGAACAAAAAAUAAACGCAACAUUCAACAACA